GCCUGGCCGCAGGGAGGGGCGGCGGCGGCGGCACGGGCGGGCUGCGGCGGCAGCCGGGCGGCGCUCCUCGGGCCCGCGCCUCCGGCACCCGGCAGGCACCGGCACGCGGGAGCGAGCUCAGGCCGGGGUGGUCGGGCCGCAGCGCCCGCCCUGCGGGGAGAGGCGGAGGGAGCUGGGCCUGUAGCGGGAGGACGAGGGACAGCGGGCCUGGGCUGAAGCAGGGGCGGUUCUGGCCCGACGUGAGGAAAACCUUUCUCCGUGAGGCCUGUGGGGGCAGGGCAGGGGCUGCCCUGAGCCCCUGGUCCGGCCUCGGAGCCGGCCCUGCGCGGAGGGGUGGGCUGGAGACCUCCCUUCCAGCCCGAACGACCCGUACUGCGAGGAAUGAAAACUAGUUCAGCGGGGGUGUUACGAAGGGCAGCGGGGCGCCCGGCGCAAGGCCGGCGUUCGUAGCUGGUGGCGGCGAAAGGCUCGCUCCUGACGCUGUGCAAGUGAGGGGCUUCUUGCGGGCUGCUUUACCAAAACGGCAGUCCGGUGUAAGGUCUAAUGCUUUGCUGGAUGGCCUGUGAGAAAUAGCUGAAUUACUUACACGCAAACACUGUUUGUUUUUCCAGAUGCUAAAAGGAUCGUUAAUUAUUCAUGAUUGGUGACAGCUUAGAAACUAAACGAUGCCAACUAAAAGAUCCCAUGGAUUUGUUUCAUUCUGGGCAAGUUGUAAAAAUAUGUGCCCCUAUGGUCCGCUACUCAAAGUUGGCUUUCAGAACCUUGGUUAGGAAAUACAGUUGCGAUUUGUGUUACACACCAAUGAUAGUAGCAGCUGAUUUUGUGAGAUCUGCAAAAGCUAGAGACAGCGAAUUCACAACAAACAAAGGUGAUCAUCCAUUGAUUGUUCAAUUUGCUGCUAAAGAAGCACAGGUUUUGUGUGAUGCUGCCCGUAUCGUCUGUCCUUUUGCAGAUGGCAUAGACCUAAACUGUGGCUGUCCUCAGAGAUGGGCGAUGGCAGAAGGUUAUGGUGCUUGCUUAAUAAAUAAACCAGAACUAGUUCAAGAUAUGGUGAGACAUGUACGGAAUCAGAUCGACAACCCUAGAUUUUCAGUAUCUAUUAAAAUAAGGAUCCAUGAGGACUUAAAAAGAACAGUUGACCUGUGUCAAAAAGCUGAAGCAACUGGAGUUUCAUGGAUUACAGUACACGGGAGAAGUGUAGAAGAAAGACAUCAGCCUGUACAUUAUGAUGCAAUUAAAAUAAUUAAACAAAGCAUGUCUAUACCUAUUGUGGCUAAUGGAGACAUUAAAACUUUAAAAGAUGCUGAAAAUGUUCAUCACUUGACAGGAGCAGAUGGUAAGAUUAAGAUGACUUUCCAGUGGACGGCAGUUGCCGCCUUUCUGUACGGUGAAAUAGCAGUAAUUCUCGUACUCUGCCUGCCGUUUAUUUCUCCGCUGAGAUGGCAGAAGAUUUUUAUGAUUCCGCUAUGGAGCAAAAUGGCAGUUUUCUGGAACAAGAUGUUCCUUACAAUAAUAGUUUUACUGAUCGUCUUGUUUCUUGAUGCUGUUAGGGAAGUCAGGAAGUACUCGGCCGUUCAUGUGAACGAAAAGGCUGCAAAUGUCAAUACCAAUGCCUUUGAUCAUAUUCAGAUGAAACUCUUCCGAUCGCAAAGAAACCUCUAUCUCUCAGGUUUUUCCUUAUUUCUUUGGCUUGUAUUGAGACGUACUGUUACCCUUCUUACUCAGUUGGCAAAAGGGAUGGCAUCGCAUGCAGCUCUGGAAACACAAGUCAACGAUGCUACUGAAGCAGCCAAAAAAUACAUGGCCGAGAAUGAAAGGCUGCAGGAGGCCUUGAGUGAAAAAGGAAGCAGUAAAAAGAAAGAGUCAGCAGAAGCAACUGAUGAAAAGUUGAAGAAGGAAGUUGAACAUUUGAAAGCAGAGCUACAGACAACAUCAGAUGCUCUCCACAAGGCAAAUAAUGAAGUGACUGCAGUUAAAAAGCAGUCUGAAGGCCUUAAAAGAGAAUAUGAUCAUCUGAUGAAAGAAUAUGAACGGCUUCAGGGCAGUUUAAAUGAAGCAGAAGACAAGAAAGACCAGUAGGUGCAUCUAAGGUGGAUGACAUCAGUACAGCUGCUUCAAUGAGAAAAGCCUUGUGAUGUUUAGGCUCCUGAUGCAUAUCUGAAACAAAACUUCAGUUUUCUGAAAAGCACGUGCACUGUAGGUCACUAUUGAGAUUCCUUUAACAUAUCUUGGUUGCCAAAAUAUUCUGUGUUGCAAAUAAAAUGUUAAGCGACUUACCUGAUUUACCACGGAGUUUGUCGCUGCUCUUGUGAGGAGAAACUUGAAAAUCUUUCAAUUCCAUCUGGAGCAACUUGACUGUUCUCCAAGCUUUUGCCUUCCAGAAUGGUAACAUCAUGCACUAUUUGUUUGUAGCAUUUGAGUGAGGUGGUGUAUCAUGCUAUGUCAUAAAAACACAAUUACCUAAACCUCCUUUGCAGCACCUGUUCGGAGUCUUCAAAAACUCAGUUACCAGUGAGUUAAGAAGGCUGAAAGGUUUUCAUCAGCCAUUCCACUUCAGUGGAAAAUUGAAUGACAAUCAAUCUAAGGAAAAUAAAGAAAGAAGGAAAACUGCAUUUCUAAAUCCAUCUCACUAGCUUGUGACUUUCACUUAGCCACAUGGAUGAGUGUAUUUUAACAAUAUUUUGCAUGCCUCUGAUUUAUUUUUCUUUAAUAUAUGGGGUUAUUUCAGUUUUCAUAACCAAAGCUUUGGGUUGGUUGGUUCUAACAUCCUGUAUUUUUUACACUGUUUACAUUUGUUUACUCUGUAUGUGCCCCCUAACUUCUUUUUGCCUUGCUAAGUAAAAAUUCUUUUUAAAUGUAGAUAGUUGGGUUUGUUUUGUUUUGUUUUCAUGGAUACGAUACCUCGAAUAAAUGUGCACUGUUUUGCAUAAGCCCUUUUUGGCAUUCAGAAAGUUGGUUUGAGUUUCUUUUUUGUUAGUUGGUUCCAGUUUAUAUUUGAAAGUUGGAUAUGUUUGCUAUAUUAAAGGGAUUGUUUAAGUUCA